CGCCUGCCUCGGUUCCAAGCACUCUUAUCAGCCCACUAAAUGUUCCAAACAGCCCACAUGGGUUUGAAAAUCUUAGUACAUCAGGUGCAAGUCCUAUUUCAAGUUCACAUUACGAUGAUACACCCCCUCGAGGAUUUCGCCACCUAAAUGAUGUGUAUUCAAGAACUCAAUCGAUACAAGAGAAGGCUUUCAAUCCACCUCACUUUGAUGACGCAGAACUAUUACUAUCCAAUGAAGAACCAAGAGGAAUCUUCUAGAAACCAUCCCGCUGUUGCCAUUAUUUUUUUUGGAGCAAAUGAUGCGGCGCUCUCUGGGAGGACAAGUGAAAGGCAGCAUGUGCCUCUUGAGGAAUACAAAGAAAAUCUAAGAAAAAUUGUUCAACAUCUCAAGCAAUGCUCGCCCUCUAUGGUUGUUGUGAUUAUAACACCGCCACCGAUUGAUGAGGUGGGUCGCAAAGAAUAUGCAAGGUCGAUCUAUGGCGACAAAGCAAUGAAACUGCCAGAGAGGACGAAUGAAGUGACGGGAGAGUAUGCAAAGAAGUGCCUUGAAUUAGCCUUGGAGUUGGACCUCCCUUCAAUAAAUCUUUGGUCCAAAAUGCAGGAAACUGAGGGCUGGCAAAAGAGAUUCUUAAGCGACGGUUUGCACCUCACGCCAGACGGCAACGCGGUGGUCCACGGCGAAGUGGUGAGAGUUCUUAGUGAAGUUUGGUUCUCGGCGGACCGGUUGCGGUGCGGCUUCCCUCACCACUCCGAGAUUGACGGGAAGGAUCCCGAGAAGGCCUUCCGGAAACAAUGCCCCGCCGCACCCGAAGAAAAUAACAUAAAAGCAUAAACUUUUUUUAAAACUUGUUAUUAUUUGCAGAGUUCUUCAUGACUUCUUUGGAACAUUUAAGUUGAUCCCAUCUACAUCUUGUGAUGAAUGGCAAAGAGAAAAGAAAUGUAUAGUAGUAUUUUGAUGGAUUAUUGAUCCAUGGAUAUUCAAGCAUAUAUAGUAUGCAAAAUAAUAUGAAUACAAGAAUAUUUACGUGGAAACUAAAUCGAUAAAUAGCAUUAUAGCGU